ACUUGAAGACCUUUUAAACUCCAAGUUAGCAGAAGCUCCACUGUCAUGAAGAUCAUCAUAUUCCUCGCCUGCCUCACGGUGGCUUUAGCAUUGCCCCGUAGUUAUUCAUCAAGGAAACUCAUCGUUGGUGGCGUUGAAGCACCUCGGGGGAGCCGCCCCUUUCAGGUGGCUCUGUCAUACACCGAAAAAGGAGAAUCCCAGUUUUGUGGGGGCACCUUGGUCCACCCUAAAUGGGUUCUCACCGCAGCCCACUGUGUCAACCAAUGGCCUGUGUUCGCUGGCAUGGGAUGGCACAACUUGGCAGACACCGAUUUUGAAGGUGUAGCGAUUGAAGGUACAUGGCACAAACACCCUAAGUUUGACGCACAAAAUUUGGACCACGACAUCGCUUUGAUUGAGCUUCACCAAUCCGUCACCCUAACCCCCAAAAUAGAGACUAUUCCUAUUGCAAAGGCUGGAAGUGACGUAGCACCAGGCACCAAACUCCUUGUCAGCGGAUGGGGCUCCACUCAGUCUGGUGGUUACCCCCGAUGGGAACUUCGACAAGUUGUUGUGGAUGGUAUUGACAGGGCUCAGUGCGAUAAACAGUAUGAUAGUGCUACAAUUACGGAUAACAUGAUCUGUGCAGCUUCCGCAGGAAAAGACGCUUGUCAGGGUGACAGUGGUGGACCGAUGGUCAGUAACUUCGACGAGAAAGCUCACCAAGAUGGCGUCGUUCUUGAAGGGGUUGUUAGCUGGGGCUGGGGUUGCGCCGACUCUAGAUACCCAGGUGUCUACGCUCGACCUUCCAACUACUGCGCGUGGUUCGCAACCACGACCAAUAAUGACGUAACAUGUUAGACCAUCACCUCUUUGAUCGACGGCUCAACCGACAGCUUGAUCGACUACUUCAUUGACAGUUUGGUCAAUAUCUUCAAUUAACACUAAACGAAUUAACAGUUUGUUACCAUGGCUACUCUCACGAUUUACAAUGACAAUCGGUAUUUAUAAGCAAUUAAAAAGCAAUUAAAUUGUUGUAUAAUGGACCGGGCGGCUGUUAUAAGCCAUCGCAAGAGGGCAGCAGACAUAGCAUUUUCCUAAACAAUGAGCUUGUCUUAAGAGAGUAGGGCCGUGUCCGAAACGACGACUUCGGCUUCAGCUACGUCUAGAUCAGCGCGUCUACCAGUGUUGAAGAAUAGGCAGACGCGCGCGAUCUAGCCGUAGCUGUAGCCGAAGUCGUCGUUUCGGACACGGCCUAGGUCUCUGCCUUCACCAACAGUCUCCCUAAAAUGCCUCCAGAUUGUUUAGUGUUACCACCACGUGAUAUUGAAACUGCUGAAACAAUCAUGAUACUUUUUGGGACACUUGGUGGCAGCAGACAGCUAUAUACUGCAUUAUUACUGACACAUUAUUCUACAUACUGACUUUCAUAACUGUGUGACACCCUAAAACGAGUACACUUGCCUUACCCUGCUACUGUACAGAGCCCAUAUUCAUGGCUCUGCUUACCGCCGAGUUCUGCGCUUACGAUCACGAUUCCCCGCUUACGUGCAAGCGCCGAA